AUGAAACUCUACCAAGCCAAAUAGUUAAAUUUGGGUCUCAUGCUAAAACUAACUAUUUAAAGUUUAAUGAAUAAUUUACAAAUAGUGGGUUAUUUAAAAUAAAGACGACUGACAGCUUUUUUGAAUUAUAUUAAUAACAAUGAACUAUUUUACGUUUUUAUGUUAUAAAUGAAAUGAUUUAAUCGAUACAUAAAUCAAAAAUUAUUUUAAUGGGUUAAAGCCAAGCAAAAAGCAAUCAAAGUAGUAACAGUUUUAUUGUCAAUUGUAAGUCAUCGUUAGCAAGUAUGUUAUUAGUUACUAAUUAUAGAUUUCGAUAAGUUAGCUAGCCCAACUUAAAUUCACAAAUUAAACAAUAAUGCCCAAUUAGUUAAAGGUAUUAAUCGCAUUUUAUGGAAGCAUUUAACCUAUUGAGAAGUUAACAAUAUGAGAAAGCGAUAGAGUUAAUUGAUCGUAUUUUACUAAGAUCUCCAAAUAUGGCUGAGGCGUAGUACUUGAAAGGUACUAAUAGUAUUUAUAGAUUUUAGGUUUGGCUCAUCUGGGAUAAAAUAAUCUACAAAAGGCUUUGUAUUAUUGUCAAAAGGCAACUUAACUAGAUAAACAACAUUCGAAGGCCAUGGCCGAAAUUGGUAUAUAAAAUUGUAUAUGUUAGGGAAUAUAUACAUAUUGAACAAAAAGUAUUAAGAGGCUCUUAAUGUGUUUACUAAAUUAGUGGAAAUGAAUGAAAGAUCAUUUGAGGGGUAUUUUGGAAUGGCUUUUGUAUUAACGAGGCUAAACAACUUCGAGAAAGCACAAGGCUAUUACGAAAAAGCUCUGGAAUUAAAAUAAAAUGACAAAGGAGUACUAUUAAAUUACGGUAUUUGAUGUGUCGAAAUUAGGUCAUUUGAAAGUAAAACAAUAAAAAUACGACUAAGCUUUAGAGUUGUACCAACAGGCAUUAAAAUAAGAUCCUGUAUAUCUUGAAGCCAUUCAAUCUAUAUGCAAUUUGUUCAUGAUUUAAAAAAAAUAUGAAAACUUACAUGAGUUUUGUGAUCAAUAAUUAGAACAAUAAAUUCCAUAAAUUAAGAUUGUAAUAUUAAAUUGCAAAAGUAAAAUUUUUUUUAAUUUAUUUAUAGGUCAAGCCUAUUUUUCUUAGAAGUUGUUUGAUAGGUCAAUUAUUUUAUGUAAUGAAGUAUUAUUACUGGACUUCAAGAAUUUUGAAGGUUUAUUUGGAAUAGCAAUGAGUCUAUUCAAUUUAAACUAAUUAAACCAAUCUUUAGAAUAUUUUGAGAAGAUUCACUCUUAUUACCCAAAGGAAAUAAGAUCUUUUAAAAUGAUAAUUAAAAUUCAGAGCACUCUCUAACAAUAUUCCUAAUUAAGAGAAUAUUGUGAUUAAUUACUAACAAUUGAUCCUAAUGAUUAUUCAACCUACUUUUUUAGAGGACUUGCGUUUAUGCAAUAAUAAAAUUACUAAGCAGCUUUAGAUGACUUUAACAAAGUAAUUGUUUACGAUUAAACUAAUUUCAUGGCAAUAAAGCAUAAAGGUAUAUUUUAUUAUAAAUCUUAGGAUUUUGUUUAAGCAUGUUAAAAUUGUUUAACCAAGCAAUAUAAUGCUAUGAUUAGAUCAUUAAAUACAUUUUAGACCCAAAAUAGAAAUCGAUGUUAUUGUUUGAAAAAGGUAUUUAUCAUUUUGAAAUAAUAGGGUUUUGCCAUUUGAAACUACGUUAAAAUUUAUCCGCUAAACAGAAUUUUGAAGAAGCCAUGGAGAUAGAUUCUAAUAAUUAAGAAUUAAAACUUAGAAUUGCUAACGAAGCCAGAGAUAAUAAAAAUUAUGAAUAUGCAAAUAAAUUGUAUAAUCAACUGAUAACUGAAGAUGGAAAGAUCCCUUUAUAUUACAUAGAAAAGGCUUAAAUGUGUGAACAAAUCAAAGAUUAUGCAAGUGCAAAGAUAUUAUAUGACGAGCUUAUAACUUUGAAUAAUCAAAAUUGUGAAUUUUAUCUUAAAAGAUGUAAUUAUAAAUUUAAAUCUGUAGCAAAAAUUAGAAUUUAACUCAAGCAAUACAAUGAAGCAAUACAAGACCUCUAAUAAGGCUUGAAAUUGGAUGACUAAUAAUCAGAGAUAUAUUUUGAACUUGGACAAUUACUGUAUUUUUAAUAAGAUUUCAAAGAAGCAGCUGAAAUGUUUUAUAAAGCUUGCACUUUAAAUGAGAACAUUGAAAAAUAUCAUAUACGAUAUUCGAUUGCUAUGUAAAUGAAAUAGGCUGAUGAUGAAGCAAUAUAACAUUUAAAAUGUGUAAUUUAAAAACAUCCAGAUUUCGAAGACUGCAUAGAUGUUUUAGAGAGUAUGCAAUAAAAAUCAUGCUAUACUAAGGAAUAUGUAUAAGUUUUUUCUUAUAUCUUUGUUUCCGUUCUUUAGGAAGGCAUUCUUAUUAAUAAUCUAAAUAAAGAGGAAGUUAAUGAAUAAAUAAGAGAAUAAAUGGAGAAAUUGUUGAAAUCAACAUAUCCUAAAAAUACUACUACUUUUGAUACACUAUUCGAAUUGAUGAGUAAUUAAGAAAAUCUCAAGAUCAUUCAUAAUUAAAAUGAUUUAAAACAAGUCUUAAACAAUCUAAAUAAAGAUAAUUUUAGUAGCGUAGAAUAGUUUGUAAAAUGUGUUAUUGAAGUUUCUAAAAGAAUGGCUUCAAUAUGGACAAGCAAUAGUAAGAAAGUAAGUGGAUUAAAUAAUAAAUAAUUUGAAAGAGAAGCGAUGAAACUAAGAAUAGAGCAUCCAUUUAGUAAAUUCUAACAAAAAAUUGUUUGUGCAGCAAUUAGAGAUUGUUUAGGAUUGCUCUAAAUAAUUAUUAUCAAUUCGAAUGGAAAUUAGUCUAAUUUAAAAAACACGAUUGAAAAAUUACUUGCAGAAGGUAGUUUAAUGAACCUUGACAAGAAUUGA